UUUCUCUUAGCACUUCACUAAACACUGAGCUCCAGCGCAGCAGAACUGUUGAACUCGGUUCGUAAGUCUGGAGACACGUGGGAAGUUGAGCAGUGCUGCAGUGUGAGGAGGAGCUGCUGAGAUGUGUUCACACUGAUAGUGGAGUGAUGGAGAGAGAGAUGAGGACUGAGAGAAUCAUCACUGACAGUAAAGUGCAGCAGGGGGAGGCAGGAGUGAAGCAGGGCGCUGGGGCAGAGCUUCUGGAGCUGUGGGCUGCUGAUCUAACUCACUGCUGGAGUUAAAACACACAGAGACUCAGAGAGACUCAUCACACUAACAGAGGAUUUACACACACUCACAGUUCUCCUGUGUUCCACCGCUGUGUUCAGGAGUUCUUCACUGACUGUGAGUCAUGGCUCAGAGUUUACUGCACUGUCUUGUGGGUUUGGCGGUUUUUGGACACUUGUGGGGAGCUGGAGCAACGAGAUACUCUCACCAUGCGGAGCAAACGGAGCCUGUGGCUGUGUCCCCCAGUACAGCUAGAGUAGCCAGCAGACACAGGAAUUGGUGUGCCUAUGUAGUGACAAAAACUGUAAGCUGUGUUAUGGAGGACGGAGUGGAAACGUAUGUGAAACCAGAUUACCAGCGCUGUGCUUGGGGCCAGUGUUCUCGGGUGGUUGCGUAUCGGACGUACAGAAGACCCAGAUAUAAGGUUGCCUAUAAAAUGGUGACAGAGAUGGAGUGGAAGUGCUGUCAUGGGUACUCAGGUGGAGACUGUAGUGAUGGCCCCAGUGGUGGCUCAGACUCAAAGGUCAUCACUGGCAGACCUUCUACAUCACAGACUGGAUCCAGUACCAAGAAUGAACAGAAUGGCGGAGAAGGAAGAGGGGACAGUGAAAAGAUCAGACAGCUUGAGGAGAAGAUCCAGAGUCUGACCAAGGAACUUCAUGACAUGCAGUCCGCAAUUCAUGGAAUGAAUCAGAAAAUACAUGAGGGGUCUCGUCAUGGAGGCAGCAGUGGCGGUCACAGUCCUGCUGAUGCAGCCCAGCCAGAGAUGAGGGAAACCAUCAACAGCAUCCAAAGCAAGCUGGAUCUACUGGACAACAUGACACGAGUACAUGACAGGACUCUAAUCAGCAUCAACAACCAUCUUGUUGGUGGUGAUGGUGCGGGCAACACACUGGACAGGGGAGGUCGCUACAACACUCUAAAGGAAGAGAUUCUACGGGAGCUUGAAUAUCGUGUCACGCUGUCCUGCUCUGCCUGCCAGAGUGGAGUGGAGGACGUCCACCGUCGGCAGCAGGAGAACCGGGACCAGAUCCAGGCUCUGGAGAAGUACACGGAGCAGCAGCACAAAAACACAGUGGAGGUACUGCAAAGGGAGCUCUCCCGGGUACAAGGCUGCUGUAGCUCUUUUGCAGAUCUUGAGAGGAGAGUCAGUGCCAUCGAGAGAAAGGUCAGCACUACUGCAGAGUCAUACGACCUCCUGCAGAGUCGGUUUGAAAAGGAGCUGAAAGGAACCGGUGGGAAUGGAGGCAGGGGAAAAGUAUCAGAGGACAAACUGAACAGCCGGCUGAGAGAACUAGAGCGGAGGCUCAAUGGGACCAUGCGGAAAGCUGAACAGAAAUGCUUACAUACUGAGAGCAGCAUGAAGGAGCAACUGCAAAGAGAAAUCACCCAGAUACGCAACACUGUAAGUGGCCAAAAUGAUCAUUAUCAUUUUAAAAUUUCCAACAUUGAGCUGGACAUCAGGGAGCUGAAGGAUUCUGUUGUCGACCACAACAGACGCAUAACCGAGCUGGAAAACAACACAUCUGUCCUCAACAGCAAGCUGAAGUCAGCAGUGGCUUUGUGUGCAGAGACAUGCGCUGCAAAAGAAAAACAGAGUAAAACUGAGGAAUCUGUCAAAACCCUGGAGUGGAAAGUCAUUGCCAAUGAGGAAAACAUCCAGAAGUUUGACACCAAGUUGAAGGAUCUUUCUGUGUCUGGUGACUCCCUGAUGGACCACGUUUCAGACCUCAGUCGUGAUAUUCAGAAAGUCAAGGAUUUGAUGGGUGAGAAUGGUGAGAUUUUCAACCAGAUUGUCACUGAUGUGGAGAUGUUAGGGAAUGACUGUGAUGUCUGCAGUUCUGUUUACAGUUCCUUGCAAAAUGAGCUUCACAAAUUCAGAAACUCAACUACAGAUGCCUUUGAGAGAUGGCAAGGUGAACUCACCAACUUGAGAAAGAGAGUGGAUUCUGAUGAAAGCACAUGCUCACAAGUAUGCUCCAACCUGCAGGAGGAAGUUGGGAAGCUGAAGGAGGAAGUAGAAAAGUGUCAGGGGCAGUGCCAGAUCAGCAUGGACGAACACCAGAAGUACUUAAAUGGACAACAUGUUAUAACUAGCAGUUUGGGCAAGGAGCUCACAUCCAUUCAAGGUGAGAUCUCAGGAGUCAAACUAAAAUUUGAUUCCAUUAAUGAUAACCUGAAAGGGCUAGGCUAUACUGUUCAAAGACAUGGCAACACUAUAGUUGACCUGGGCACCUCUAAGGAUAGCAUCUUCUCUGAGAUUGACAAAAUCCAGGAGGCUCUGAAUGAGCACAUAAAGGACAGUCGUGGCCGUUUCAGCAGUGUUGGCCGUGAGAUCCAGAACUUCAAUAGCAAUAUGCUGGUUGAGAUGGGUGAGUGCAGACGCACUGGUGAAGGGUUGGAAGCGAGACUCAGAAAGAUGGAAGACGUCUGUGGCAGGCUGGACUCGCUUUCAGAGAGCCUGCAGCACAUCAAGGAUGGACUGAGCAGACACGUCUCCGGGCUCUGGACCUGUGUCAAUGGACUCAACACUACUGUCAUUUCUCAGGGAGAGGCCAUAGACAAGAUUCAGAAUGUUCAUUUGGAGAUCGUCCAUGACAAGAUGGAUAACCUGAACUCCUCACUACUAAACAUCUUUCAAGAGUUCCAGAGCUUCUUUGAGCAGGAUUUUACUGGACCUCCUGGACCAAAAGGAGAGAGGGGCCAGACGGGCCAACCAGGUCCAAAAGGCCCCCCUGGCAUUGAAGGUCCACCUGGAAAAACAGGAAGACAGGGUCCAGUGGGGCCACCAGGUCUCAGAGGUGAAGUGGGUCCUCCAGGAGAUGACGCGAAGGUGCCGAGGCUGUCGUUUUCUGCAGCCUUAACACGAACACAGAUUGAUCCGGGCACCAUUAUCUUUGACAAGGUCUUUGUUAAUGAAGGGAACUCUUACAAUGCAGGCACAGGUAUGUUCACAGCACCGGUGAGCGGUCGCUAUUUCUUCAGCGCAGUGCUGACUGGCCACAAGAACGUGAAGAUCGAGGCAGUGCUUUCUAAGUCUAACUAUGGGAUCGCUCGUGGAGACUCUGCUGGUUACCAGCCGGAGGGCCUGGAGAAGCCUAUGGCUGAGGCAAGGCAAACCCCAGGCUCUCUGGUCAUCUUCAACAUCAUACUCCCACUACAGGAGGGAGACACUGUCUGUGUUGACCUGGUCACAGGAAGACUGGCCAACUCUGUUGAACCUCUUACCAUCUUCAGUGGGAUGCUACUGUAUGAGGAUGAUAAUUCUGUAUUAUAAAAGUUGGUUGAUACCUUAUGAUCCAAAGACUAUAUGCUGAAGGACUUUUACAUUUUUUGGGCACAGGAAGUUUAUGUUUGUCAAGUUUUGACUCUAAAGUUGUUGUUAAUAGUCAUUAACGUAGUAUUAACGUGUUUUACACUAAAGAAGAUUGUAUUGUCUCUAUUCAGAACUGUAUUGUCACUGUGUUGAGUUAAUGUUAUUAUAUUCACCACUGAAAAAAAUGUUUCUAUUUGGCUUGACAUUAAUCUAGCAAGCUUUUCCAAAUGGGAAUGUCAACUUCUAGUUAUGCCAAACUCCUCCAACCACUGUCCUAAAGUACAUUCCUGUUGUAGUGGGAGUCUGAAUUCAAAAUGAGCGUGAAACUAAGAAAGACAGAGAGGAAGACAGAAAGAGAGAGAGAGAGAGAGAGAGAGAGAGUGAGAAAGAAAACAUGUAUUGCAAGCAUACUCUUGAACUUUAAAGCAGAAGGUUUUUCUCAAAGGCCCCAUUAACAGCACUGCUUUAACUUGCCACAAUAAAUAUGUCUUUUUAUGUUAUUCCAUUUGCUGCUUUGUCCUUUCAUAUUUUAGAUUUUGCUCUUUCAUGUAAAAAACACCAUAUUUGGGAAUUCUGUAUGACUACAAUUCAAUGAGCAGAACCAAAACUUGGCAUGCUCAGAAGUGGACAGUUUCAGAGCACACACAAUGAGAAUGAAUGCCUUUCAAACCCACUGCUCCAACCACAAAACUGUGUUGUUACUGGUUGCAUAACUGUUUUUGCUGUUCCCACGACAAUUGAACUUUUACACUACAAAAAGUUAAAUAUAACAUUUCUGGCAGGAAUUGUAGCAUGUGACAUGAGGCUUGUUGGUGGUCUGGGAGUACAUAGAAUCUCUAAUGCGGAAGGAUUUUCUAAGGACUUUUCAUCAAGGAUGUUGUGAGAACAAACAGAGAGCUCGCAAGCUCCAUUAACACAAAAGGGAGAAGAACAAAAGGAAACGGGCUCAUGUAAAGCCCAUGCACUUGCGUUUCAUUAAGUGUUAAUUUAGCAGAGAUUUUGGUGGCUUCUUUAUUUAAGCAGAAGGAAAUACUACACAAGAUCUUUACCAGUUUAGAUAACUGGUGUAAAUAUCCUAUAUGUUGUUCUGCACUCCAGAUUCCCAUGGUUAGCAUACUGUAAUAAUUACGUAAUAAUGACUCUGUCAAUCAAACAGACUGAAGAUACAGUUUUAAACAUGGAGGUUUUUAUUGUUUUCCUGGGAAUAGUUCAUGUGAUUCCAACAUGUUCAGUUUUUAAGAGAAAUAUUUUAUAGCCUUUUUGUUAUGUGUGUUUUAAAUAAAGAUAUUUUUUUUCUUGA